AUGCCUCAUGGGUCGAACGGAAUCGAACCCUUGGGGCUCUACUGCCUGCCAGCUUGCAGAAGCUUGUGGUCUUGCGUUGGCCAGACGAGGCAGAAGAUCACUGCCCCCAAAGUCACGUGUUUGGACAACUUCCGAGACUUGCACGAGAUUACGCAGCACAUCCUCGCACGCCAUCCGCAGGUGGAGCUCUCUGCCGUGGGCUUCUCCAUGGGAGGCACUCAAUUGCUCCGCCACCUGGGUGCCCAAGGUGCGAAGACGCCCUUCCGAUCGGCCGUGGCCAUCGCCCCCCACCUGGACGUGCCGUCCUGGGCGCGGUCGCUCUCUUCUAGCAGGGGGAAGCGAAUUCUCAGCUACCUGAUGUCCCAGCUCUGCAAGCAGUAUAUCAAGGCGACCUUGGAAGGGACGAAGGCCAUGGAGCUCGUGGACUCGGCUACCCUGAAAAGCGCUGGUUCCCUCCAAGAGGUGGAACAGGCCGUGGUAUGCCCUUUGCACGGCUACGCGGCGGUGGACGAGUACUACGAGGACGUCAGCCCUCACCGCUUUCUAGGCCAGAUCGCCGUUCCCACGCUCAUCUUGCACACGGAGGACGAUCCCUGGGUUCCCUUUGACGCUUCGAUCAUCAAGCAGCUGCGGAACCCUCUCCUCUUCGCGGCUGCAUCUCAACGGGGAGGCCACCUCGGCUGGCGAAGCACCGACGCAGGCAAGGGCACCUGGGCCGAUUCCAUGGCGGCGCAGUUCAUCAAGGCUGCUGCUAGCCACUGGUGA